AUGCGUUUAAACAAAGAAAAUAUCGAUCCUCGUAUUCUAUGUAAUGUUUUGGCUCCCAUAUUUAUUUGUGGUUUUAUUGGUAAUAUUAUUUGUAUUAUUGUAUUUUUACGUCCACGUUUUCGACAUCGUUCAAUAUCCGUUUAUUUUAUUGCUCUCUUUUUUAAUGAUUGUCUUUUAUUAUUCAUCUCACAUGUUGGAAAAAUGUUAAUAUUUGAUGCACAAGAAUCAUGUUGGUUUAAUUCAUAUUUAACAAAAUUUAUUAAUAUUAUUAAAUAUCGUGAAAUGAUUUAUAAAAAAUCUUUGUCCGUUUUGACUUAUAAUACAACGUAUACUCAAAUAUCUAUGUUAAUAUUUAUGUUUAUGUCAAUUCAACGUGUAAGAACAUUUUCUUCGUUAUCUUAUCGUGAAAGUAAAACAUGCGCAUUAUUAUUGACACUAAUUGCAUUUAUCUAUGGAAUUAUUGUCUCAUAUGUACAGUUAUACGAUGGAUUUUGUAUUCAUAAUUUGAACUUAAAUCAGACACAACUUAUGGAUAUUGAUCGAAUGAUUAAUCAAACACGAUAUAGAAAUCAAAAAUGUUUUACAUUUAGUACAAAAUUAACUGCAACUACAAUAGCAACAAUGACGACCAGUAGUACAUCUCUUCUACAUGAUGCAAAUAGUGAUAAUCAUUAUAUACCAUCUGACCUAUUUAUGAAAUCUACAAAUUUGAUUCCAUCUGGUCUACAAACAUGGAUAAAUAAUCAACAUUCUUCCAUUAUUUCACGUCAAAGACGUCAUUUAUUUUCAAAUAUGGAUGUAAUUUUAAAUGAUAAUCAAACAUGUUAUAGUGAAGAGGAAUUACGUUUAUAUCGUCAUCGUUCAAUUGCUUACAUUUAUUUACGUCAAUAUAUGAUUAUAAAUUGGGAAGAUGAAUCAAUUGAACCAACUGAUUGUCAUUUAAAACAAUUUCCAUCAGAAUUACAUACAUUUAUUGAUAAUCAAACACAAAUUAAUUAUUUUAAACCAUUAAAAACAGAUUAUUUUCUUGAACAUCAAUUUUGUACACAAAGUUAUCAAUUUUUAGAAUUAUAUGCUAAUUGUACAUUUCCAUUAAAACCAUCAACAUUUCAACAUUCAUAUAAAUUUGUAUACGAUAGACGAUUAUCUUUUAAUCGUUAUACAAUCGGAUUUAUUCUUGGUACAUUUAUACCAUCAUUUAUUUGUAUUAUUUCAAGUAUCAUGUGUUUGUACUAUAUUGCUAAUCGACCAUCAAUAAGAAAACAUAGUCAUUCUCGUGCAGAAUUACGAAGUAUUUAUUUAAUAUUAGUUGAAAUUGCUUUAAGUUUAUUAAGUGCACUACAAUCGUAUAUUAUCAAUUUUACAACUUGUCAUCAUAUUUUAUUUCGUAAAGAGACAGACAAUUGUUAUGGUACAGGCGAUAAUAUAUUACCAAAUUUUUUAGGUAGUAUUCUUGAACUAUUUACAUCUACAUCAAAUAUAAUUAUACUUUGUAUAUGUGGUUCACAAUUUCGUGAUGAAUUAUUAUCAAUAUUUUCAAUAAUUAAAACGACUCAAAAACGAAAACAUGGCCAUACAUUAUCCUCUCAAUUUAAUAAUAAUAAUAAUAAUAAUAAUAAUAAUAAUAACAAUAAUAAUCAUAAUAAUUUGAUAACGGAUAAUAACUCACUUUUACAUCAAUCACAUGAUCGAUCUAUAGACAGUAAUUCAUUCGUAACCUCCUCGUAUAAAAAAAAUAGUGAAAAAAAUGAAAAAGAUAUAGAAUUAACAAGACGUUUAAUAAAAUCCACGACUGUAUAA